AUGGACGGAUCAACGGCUGUGAUCAUCCUUACCGGCGUCGUAGUCUAUCUUAUUUGGUUCGUCUCUUUACGUCGUUCUCUUAAAGGUCCACGUGUCUGGCCUUUAUUGGGCAGUUUACCAGCACUCAUCGCAAACGCUCACCGUAUGCACGAUUUCAUCGCCGAGAACCUCCGCACGUGUGGUGGCACGUACCAAACGUGCAUUUUCCCGAUCCCGUUCCUAGCUAAGAAACAAGGUCACGUGACCGUCACGUGUGACCCGAAGAAUCUGGAGCACAUACUCAAGACCCGGUUCGAUAACUACCCUAAGGGUCCUAGCUGGCAAUCGGCGUUCCACGAUCUCUUAGGAGACGGGAUCUUUAAUUCAGAUGGUGACACGUGGCGGUUUCAGCGUAAGACUGCCGCACUUGAAUUCACCACCCGCACGCUUCGCCAAGCCAUGGCUCGUUGGGUUGAUCGAGCCAUCAAGAACCGUCUCGUGCCCAUUCUCGAUUCGGCUGCAUGCCAAGCCGAGCCGAUUGAUCUUCAAGAUAUUCUUUUACGGCUCACGUUCGAUAACAUUUGCGGUUUAACGUUCGGUAAAGAUCCGCGAACGCUUUCGCCAGAUUUUCCUGAGAACAGAUUUGCCGUGGCUUUUGACGGAGCCACGGAAGCCACUCUACAACGGUUUAUCAUGCCGGAGUUUAUUUGGAAGAUCAGAAAAUGGCUUCGGCUCGGGUUAGAGAACGACAUGAGCCGAAGCAUUAGCCAUGUAGAUAAUUACUUAUCAGAGAUCAUCAAUACACGUAAACUCGAAUUGCUGAGUCAGCAACUAGAUGGGUCCCGCCACGACGAUCUAUUGUCACGGUUCAUGAAGAAAAAGGAAUCUUACUCGGAUAAGUUUCUCAAAUACGUGGCGUUAAACUUUAUCCUAGCUGGACGUGACACGUCAUCAGCUGCGAUGAGCUGGUUCUUUUGGUUGGUUAGUCUUAACCCAAAAGUAGAAGAAAAAAUCGUAACCGAGAUCUGCACCGCUCUGAUCAAGACACGUGGUACUAAGGUCUCAACGUGGACCGAUGAGCCGUUGACUUUUGAUGAAGUUGAUCAACUGGUUUACUUAAAAGCAGCAUUGUCCGAAAUAUUAAGACUAUAUCCAUCCGUACCGGAAGAUUCAAAAUUUGUAGUCGCUGAUGAUGUUUUACCGGAUGGGACAUUUGUUCCGGCCGGUUCAAACAUUACUUAUUCGAUAUAUUCGGUGGGACGAAUGAAAUUUAUUUGGGGUGAAGACUGUCAGGAGUUUAAACCGGAAAGAUGGUUCGAAGAAAUCGAUACAAAUCGAAACCAAUACAAAUUUGUAGCAUUUAAUGCUGGUCCACGGAUUUGUCUAGGUAAAGAUUUAGCGUAUUUGCAGAUGAAAUCGAUUACAGCAUCAGUUUUGCUCAGGUAUCGGCUUACGGUGGCUCAAGGACAUCGAGUGGAGCAGAAGAUGUCGUUGACGUUGUUCAUGAAGUUUGGUCUUAAAAUGGAUGUGCAUAAAAGGGAUUUGACGUUGAUGGUAGAGAAACUAGUGAAUGAGAUGAGCAAAUAUGAGAACUGUUGA